GUUAACCGAAGCGAAACAGGCCGAAACAAUCGCAACAGACUCUUUAGGCAGUGUACAAGCCAUCAAUGACACAUUGGCACAAGACGUACAGAAAUGCCACAGACAACUCAAGCUCACAGCCAAGCAACUGGCCCUCGCUCAGCUGGAUACUGACCGACAGAGAUACAUAAUCGCCAAACAUGGCCAGACGGAAGAAGCGCUGCACCGCGAAGCAUUGCAACUGACACAGGCAGUCGAGCAAAUGACAACGGAGAUUGCAUUGCUGCGCGAAAAGUCGGCCACGUCGUAUGAAACACAG